AGAGAAAAGGAGCCAGUUUGUAUCAACUAAACUUUUGGUUGACAUGCAACCUCAAUUUUUGUUUACUUCGAAGUCAAAAAUUGUUAGAUUCCGCAUUGCGUCUGCAGUUAAAACAAACGCUAUAAUUAAGUAUUUUCUACCUGAAUAGCUUGGUGCUUCCAAACCAAAAUUUAUCAAAUUCAAACUAAGAUCAUAGGUAUUUCUUACCAUUGACAUGUUUGCCUUUAACGAAAUAGAGGUUGAAGAAGAUUGUCCAUCAUUAACAAUUUCAAACUAAAUCUUAGGUUGAAUCAGAAAAAAUGUUGGGAAAAAACAACCAGGUAUUUUGAUUGGGUGUAUAUCAACCUUGAAAACGGUUCACAACAAACUAAACCAUUAGUUUGUUUAUGUCACUGUCAGCCGCAAUCGCCGCGAUAGCCAUCUGCAUUGUUUUGCUCAACGCGAAGUAUUUUGUUUGCCGGUCGUCUCGUUUGCGCUUUCGAUUUUAAAAGUUUUAUAAAGUUAUUCGGUGGUUUUAUUCAGUGAAUUUACCGUAAAAGUCGUGCUGGACCGUCACCAGCUAUCCAGGUAAGGUUAAAAGUGCUCAAAUCAGGCUCAACAACUGCAAACAAAGAGGCCAAAAAGUGUGUUUUUGUUUUGAAGUUUCCAGGCCACAAAAAAAUUUUUGCUUAGAGGAUACUGUAAAUCCGGUUUUUAAGUGUUUUUCUGCUUGGCGCAGCGUUUUGGGGACAGUAUCUACUUCUCGUCUUAGUGUUCUAUAAAUAUUUCCACAAAACAGUUAAUAGGGCCUACCCAUAAACUACGUAGACUCGAAGGGGGGACGAGGGGAUCUGGCCAAAGUCUACGGUCCAUACACAUUUCGAAAAUUUUGUAUGGACGAAAGCCUACGAGGAAGAAGGGGGGUGGUGUAAGAUUGCCAAAAUUGAGUCUACGUAGUUCAUAGACAGUGCCUUAUUGUUGAUCAAUUUUUAAUUCGUAUAUCGUAGGCCGAUUGAAGAUACUCCAUAUGCAAGUAUAUCAUGCAAUUUACCACACCAGCAGGUACCUGGCAGGUACUAAAUCGAACCCACGCCGAGUUUGUUGAAAAUCCGUGCGUUUACUGCUUUGGCAAUUAGACUCUCAAGUGCUUCUUCUUCUUCUUCUUCUUAUUCAUGGGUAACAUCUCCACCGGGACAAAGCCUGCUUCUCAGGUUCUUCGAGCACUUCCACGUUAUUAGCUGAGAGCUUCCUUUACAAAUGAUCAUUAUGCAUAUGUAUAUACACGGCAGGCACGAACGUACUCUAGAAAAUUUCCUUUUCGAAACCGACCGGGAAUCGAACCCGUCACUCCCAGCAUGAUCAUGCUGGAUAUCCACACCUUCGCAGCUUUGACUGUAUAGGCCCUCAAGUGGUUACAAAAAUCAAUCAUGAUAUGUACUUAAGUAAAUAUUGAACAAGAAUGAGUAUUGUUUAAAAAUGAAUAUACUGCCCCACUCGCAUAACAGUCUCAUGUGAAUAGGAAACCCAGCAGGGACUGUUAUGCGAGUGGGGACAGUAUACGUGUCAUUAAUAAGAGAUUUUAAUAGUUUAUCUUGUCCCUCCGGGCCCUCCGCAUUUCUGAGGGCCCACAAAAUUUCACAUUACGAGUAAAAAAUGCGAAAUUGUGAUCGGAAAGACUGCAGCUAUUUCUCCAGCUAUUUAUGAAAAUUUAAUGUUAAACUUCUAACAAAUUAUGUUAACACUCAUCGAUUCAUCUUUAUUCGGCAAACUUGCUCAAAAUUUAUAGAUCUACAACUUUGCCGAGAAAUGUAGAUGGUUUUUCUUGUAAAAAUGUGGUUUUCAAUUUACUUGAAUAUAUGGAGUGGUCCAUUUUCUAUGUACCGUAAACUGGGGUGUAGUUGAUCAGUGGGGUGAACCUGACCACUCAAUUGCCCACGGAUAUUGACUUUCAAGGAAGUUACCAUUCCAUUUUAAUGUUACGUCAUUGGAUUGCGAAUGGCUAAAAUAUAAUUGUAGCUACCUUGAAAGACGAUAUCCGCGGGUAAUUGAGUGGUCAGGUUCACCCCACUGAUCAACAACACCCCUGUUUACGGUACAUUGGAAAGAGGGCCGACUUAGGAGCGACUUUGUAGAAGAUCAUUUUAUUGAAACUUUUUUAGUCACCAUGAAAUCUGAAAAAGAUGCAGAACAGACUGAAACUGAGUCCCAAGGGGAACCAGAUCCAGUCAUACAAGAAGACAACGAAAACGAAGAGGCGGAUAUAUCAUACGAAGAAAUAAAUGACGAAACCAUUGCUUUCAUACAAUUGCUGGAAUCAUUUAAGGUGUCGAUUGAAGUGAUCAACAAGUUUCUUGCAAACGGAUAUGACGUAGAAUCUCUCAAAGUUAUCGAACGACGAGAAAUCGAGGAGCUCCUUUGUGAACCAUUCCUUGGAGAUAGGACAAAAAUUAUUCAUGGAUUGAAUGUGUGGCGAAAAUCACAGAACCUGCAACCCGUUUCGUCUCCACUGAAACUCGUUCAAAAUCUCCCUCAGCCUAAGGAUCAACCAGAGACCAAGCAACGGGAAAUGUUUUCAGCGAAAUUCCUGAUCAAUAAAUCCGCCAAAGGGAAACAAAUUCUUGAAACCUAUAAGUUAUCGCGUAUUCUCACAAAAUCACAAAAGAGAAUGAUAACGCAUAUCGUCAUCGACGAAUUUAAAGACGUUUUUGGUAAACUAACACAUAUCGAACUUCUGAGUCGAGCCGACGAGUUGGGCGAUCUUUUUCCAACUGAAUCAAAGGAGUCUUGGUACCAGCCAACAUUCGCACUUGUUGCCGGAAAGAAAACGAGACUGGGACAUUUGCCAAAGGGCUGCCUUUAUGACCGGAACUGCAACUACACUGCUCUCCAAGCGUCGCAACAGAAAUCAAACGAUAGUGAGAAUAUUACACCGCCAUGUUCGCCUUACGAUGCUGAUUGGGUUGAGUACCAGCAAGCGAAGACAUGGAUUAGGCACCAUGAAGACGAAUGGCCCGCAGUUAUGCAGAAAUGGGCAUCAACAAGCGUUAUUCGCUUGUACGAAAUCUCUAAACUGGAUAAACCGACUUGUGAACUGGUUUUGGAUUUAUUUCCGACACUGCGCAAACCCGAAGGAUAUCAACUCGGCCGAAUCGAUUUCGACACAAAGUUCCCAACGAAAAGCGCCGCAUUAUUUGCAAAAUGGAAUGUACUCAUCUCAUCGCUCAAGCCUAUUUUCGUUGCUGAUGUGACGGACAAAGCCGGCAAAGCAAUUCUCAGCCUACUGGAACGUGAUCUUAAUGAAGAUUGCCGUGAUGUUGCUUACUCGAUGUUGCUUCCAUACAUUUUGCCGUGCUCUGUACUCACUCUCUUAAACAAAUCAAAGUGGAAACCUAGUUAUAUCGAGAACCGGAAUAGCUUUGUUUUCUGGGUACAGAACAUAACAGAUCUACAAUCGAAAGUUAAAGCUCACCAUAUCUCGCGCUCUGAGAAUAGAGGAAUGUUACCAUGUCCGCUUGUGGUCGUCGUUGGUCCAGAACUCACCCAGCUGAACACCUUCAUCAUAUCCUUCGGUGACGCAUUCUACCGCCUUCCCACCUUCCUGAAAGCGUUGGAUGUGUGCUAUAAACUCCACAAAGUCUACAACCUACCUUUCGCGAAGGAAUGUGCAGGAUCAUGGAACCUAAUCAACCACGUUAUCUACGACUUCCCGCUGGAAAAUUCUUGUCGUGCGAAAAUUCUUUCGAUCAUUAAUGUGAUCAACACCGGAAGUUAA